GUCAAAAAUGGCACACCCACGACGCAAAUCGCUCUUCCGGCCGUGCAUCGACCUGCACAACGGCGAAGUUAAGCAGAUCGUCGGGGGCACAUUGCACGAGGACGACGCGAGCCGGCUGCAGACGAACUUCGUCGCAAGCCACCCGUCGUCAUACUAUGCGGCGCUGUAUGAAGAAAACGCGCUCGAAGGCGGGCACGUUAUCAAGCUAGGCCCGGGGAACGAUCGCGCGGCGAAAGAGGCCCUCGCUGCCUGGCCAGGUCACCUCCAGAUCGGCGGCGGUAUCACUGCCGAAAACGCGCGGGAAUGGCUCGACGCGGGCGCGAGCAAAGUUAUCGUGACUUCGUAUCUCUUCCCGGAGGCAAGAUUCUCGAUUGACAGGCUGAAGGCGGUCUCUAGUGCGGUAGGAAAAGACCGGUUGGUCGUCGACGUCAGUUGCAGGAGAAGGGAGAAUAAAUGGCUUGUCGCCAUGAACAAAUGGCAGACGAUCGCGGACAUGGAGGUCGGCAAAGAAUCACUGGACCUCUUGGCCGAAUAUUGCAGCGAAUUCUUGGUCCACGCCGCAGACGUAGAAGGUCUAUGUCAAGGCAUCGACGAGGAGCUCGUCGCGAAACUUGGGGAGUGGGUCACGAUCCCCACGACAUACGCGGGUGGAGCAAAGAGCGUUACGGACCUGGAGUUAGUCGGCCGACUAUCGGCAGGAAAGGUCGACCUUACGUUCGGAAGCUCGCUAGACAUCUUCGGAGGCACCCUCGUCAAGUUCGAAGACCUCAUAAAUUAUAACCACGAAGCCCUCUGACAAUCGAGACAUUGAACAGUUCCUGAUCCCCACCCUGUAUUCCUAGCUUACACACAUCCACACCAAAUGUAGCGGUACGGCCGACGGUCAGUCCUUGAGGAACGCCGCAACAAGUUUGAUGUACUUCUCCCUCUCCUCCAGGACCGGCGUGUGACUCGACUCGGCGAACGUAUACCACUUGACCUUGGGGAUCGCCUUAAAGAGCGGCAGCACCGUGUUAUCCGUCACCCGGUCGUACUUGCCGUUCAACAGCAGGGUUGGCACAUUGAUCUUGGGCGCGUCGUCCACGAUGCUCCAGUCCUUGAGGGGCCCAGUGACGUUGAACUCGGACGGCCCGUAGAAGGAAAGGUAGACCGUCGGGUCCUUCUGCAUCCACACGAAGCUCUCCAUGAGUUCGGCGGGCCAGGUUUCCAGCCGGCACACGUGCUUCUUGUAGAAAACUGCAGAUGCGGCCUUGUACUCCGCGGAGUCGGUCGUGCCGGCCUCCGUGUGCUUGAUAAGAGCAUCCGCCACAUCUGCCGGGAGUCCGGCAAUAAGCUCUUCCUUCGCCGCCUUCUCGAAGAGCGCAAUGCUAGCGGGGCUCUCGGAGAUGACCAGCCGCUUCAAGCCCUUCGGCUGCUUCGAGGCGUGACGCGCAGCGAGCAUCCCGCCCCACGACUGCCCGAGGAGCGCGUAAUCGUCCUGGAUGCCGAGAUGGCGGAUGAGGUUGUCGAGCUCGUCCAGGAAGAGCUGCUCCGUCCAGAACCCGGCCGCGUCGCCGGACUUUUCGGGCAGGUGCGUCGAGUUCCCGUUCCCGACCUGGUCGUAGAAGACGACGGGGAUAGCGUGCAGGGUGAAGAGAUCGAUGAGGGGGAGGAUGUAGUGGUGCGUGGAUCCCGGGCCGCCGUGCAGGGCGACGACGGGGGUCACGCCCGACUUGAGGUCACCGUAGAUCUGGUACCAGGUCUGGA